AUGGCUGCCUCUCUGCUGGGGCCUCUCCCAAUCAUUCUGUACUGUGUAUGUCCUGGUUUCUAUGAGGAUGAGAACAGGAGACUCUGGAUGGUUGUAAGCCUGGGCUUUAGAGCUUAACAUCCAACUCUUAACCGGCUUGUAGCUACCAUGACUGUCACCUUGUGGCAGAUGAGAAGACCCCUCCAGGCGUUCUUGACCCCCUUCCCCUCUGCUUUGCCCUGUCUUCUGAUGAUUUGGCAGCAAUAUUCUGUGAUAUUAUACUGGGGGACAGACUCCAAUUUCUGGAAAUUGGUGAACUAUUCCAAGGUUGGUGUCACAGAGCAAAUGGUCCUAGAGAUGGAGGACGCUGAUGAUUCUGAGUUUGUCGAUCCCUCCCUCCCUGCUGAGACCUCAGCUUGA